AUGCCUUAUAGUAAAGAGGAAAGUAUGACGUAUGCUUCGUUACAACAACCGCUGCCACUAGCACAGGAGGGCAACUUGGCAACGAAUUGGCGAGAGUGGAAAUCAGCAUUUGACUAUUUCCUAAUUGCUUCGGGAAGAGAAACGGCAUCUUCUAGAGAGAAGUGUGCAUUAUUUAUGCAUGUUAUCGGCAAACAAGGACGUGAAAUAUAUGAGGAGCUUGACAUCAGUGAAGUGGAAAGUCAUGACUACAACACAUUGUGUCAAAAGUUUAAUGAGCACUGUGACCCAAAAACAAAUAUUAAUUAUGAAAGGCAUGUAUUUUUUGAAAGUUAUCAAAAUGAACAAAACUUCGAAAAGUUUUUGGGAUCUCUGAAAAUAAAAGCUAAAAAUUGUGAAUUUGGAUCUUUAAAAAACAGUCUUAUUUUGAUACAGCUGAUUCGUGGCCUGAACGAUGGGCAAAUGAGAGAAAAACUUUUGUCUAAAGCGACCCUAACGCUAGAAGAGGCAAGUGGAUGGUGCAGAGCAGCAGAAAGGGCUGGCGAGCAAGCAGCAGCGUGCAGUUCACGACAAACAUGUGUAAGUAAUACCGUGGAAUACAUGCAGUCAAGAUACAAGUGCAUGCGGAACAAAACCACAUUGAGGAAUGUGAGCAAUCCUAUACGUGAUCAAGACCGUCAGCGAACUACUCAUGAUUUUCGUUAUAAACGCGACGAGAAAUCGAUGAACGUUGGCUAUCAUACUAGGAAUAAAUUACGGGGUAAUAAUAACAAUUGCAAUAAGUGUAAUUUAGGACAUGGUGUUCGUGUUAAGUGCCCGGCCUAUGCAGUAAAAUGUUACCGAUGUGAUAAAGUAAGUCAUUAUGCAAAGUGUUGUCGCGCGCGUUUUGCACGGGAAGUGUUGGACGCUGACGGCACGGGUAAUGGUAUUCAUGAUGAGGAGGAUUGUAGUGAGCACAGUGAUGUAGACAAUGGUGAGUUGUUAAUGUAUAAUAUAUCUAUCGAGGCUUCAGAUAACUCUCGAGAGUCAUGGUAUUCUAAUAUUAAAGUAAAUGGAGUAAUUGUAAAGUUUAAGUUAGAUAGUGGCGCAGACGCUUCGGUUAUGUCGCUAAAUUGUUACCAAAAAGCUGGCUUUGAUAUAAAAAAAUUAAAAAAAUGUAAUAUUGUUUUACGAGAAAUAACAGAUACUCUAUCGAGAUCGGCUACGCAAAAGGGCCAAGAUGAUUUAAGCGACAAGGUUAUGAUACACGAGAAUAUGACGUUUGAAAACGUUGAAGCGUCGAUGGAUAUGUUGCAGAGAAUAAAAAAGGAAACUCACAACGAUCCAGUCAUGAUAGCACUGGGGGAGUAUUAUCAAAAAGGAUGGCCUUUUAAUAAAAAGCAAGUCUCUGAACUUGUAAAACCCUACUGGAAUGUACACAAUGAGUUACAUAUGAUUAGAGGAGUCUUAUUUAGAAAUAAUCGUAUUGUUAUACCCCUGUCCUUACGGAAAGAAAUGCUGCGCCGUAUACACGAAGGGCAUUUAGGGGUUGAAAAAUGUCAACGUCGUGCACGCGAUGUAAUGUGGUGGCCGGGUAUGUCGGCAGAUAUUACGUGUGUUGUGCAGGGGUGUGAUACGUGCCAGCGACAUCAAGCCGCUGCGUCGCGCCAGCCUCUUGCGCCGCAUCCAGUGCCUACACUACCUUGGGAACAUUUAGCUGCUGACAUUUUUGAGUUCGGAGGAAAACAGUAUCUAUUGAUAGUUGAUUAUUAUUCUAAAUUUGUAGAAAUCUCUUUACUAACGAAUUUACAAAGCAAGACAGUAAUUAAUGUUAUGAAGGGCAUAUUCAGUAGAUUUGGCAUACCUAAAAAGAUUGUGACUGACAACGGGACACAGUUCACAUCAGAUGAUUUUAAAAUUUUUAGUAAGGCUUGGGGGUUUGAACAUGUUACCAGCUCUCCUCAUUACCCAAGAUCCAAUGGACUCGCGGAGAGAAACGUUAGGACCGUAAAAUCAAUAUUAAUUAAGUCACACGAAACAGGUGAAGAUUGGCAACUGGCGCUUCUUAAUUUUAGGAAUACACCAAUUACCGGAGAGAAGUAUUCGCCUGCUCAGCUCUUAAUGAGCCGUAGGCUUAAUACUAGGUUACCUGUUCACCAAGAUGUUCUACGUCCGAAAACCGUCAACGCUCGCUUAGUAAAGGAAAAUCGAUUAAAGAAAUGUGAUAAAGUAAAAGAGUAUUAUAACAAGGGUACUAAACCAUUAACAUCACUAAAACCGGGUGAAACGGUACGAAUGAGGGAUAAAAAAACAUGGGAAAAAGCUAAAGUUAUGGCUAGAGCACGUGGUGAGCGUUCGUAUUGGCUAGAAACUAAAAAUGGACGAGUUUUGCGCCGUAACAGGCAGCAUAUUAUGAAGUUACCGACCAAAUUAACGGCGUUGGAUCGUCGCUGUAAGGCAAAAACACAUCAAAGAAAUGUGAGUAAGCAAUUAGACUGGGAUGAUUUCAAAGAUACUGAGACAAAUUUACUACCGCACGGAACUAGCGAACGAUCGCCACCGCCAGUGAAUGAGCGGUUUUCGCCCAUAUAUAUCACUCGAAGUGGGAGAGUUGUUCGCCGUCCAGAACGCUUUGAGAUUAAUAAUUAA